AAAAACAAAAAAAAUUUUUUUUACUUGAGAAAUGUGUUUCUGAAGUGUUAAAUCUCGCUAUCCAUGAUGAUGAGAUUUACUACUCCUUUCUGAGCGCGAAGUGGGCAGAGUUUGAAGAGUUUACUCUUUUGAUCUCUGCUUUUGAUGACCGUUCCUUGUUUCCCCUGGGAAUUUGGAGGAAGGGAGAAUAAUCAGAGUGGUACUAGCCUUAUGUACUUGUGAACGUUAAUUAUAAAUCAAAGUAGGUAACGUAGAUCUCAAUCUUGAUAAUCAGUUUAAUAAUUGUGACCGCACCCCACCUUUGAAAUACUGCACAAGCGACAAAUAAAAUAAGCAACAGAAGUAUACCUUUUUUCUGUACAUAAAAUGGACAUUGAGCGCGAAGUGGACUGUAAUACGUGUUUUUCGUGAUUGUUACAAUUGUUACAAUUGUACAUACACACAAAUACAUAUUAACAAAAUAGAUAUGAAGUGCUACAACAAAGUCUUGUAUAGCCUAGUAGUGAAUUCAUAGCUACAUCUAUUGAGCAAAAGAGGCGGUGUUUUACGCCACCUGCCAAGUACACCCGCUCGACAAGAAGCGGCUCAACUCGUGCAUGUGCUACUGAGCUUACUGAACAGACUGGAGUCUGGAGAAGUAUUCAGGACCACUUUCUUCUCGUCUUCAAAAGCAUCGGGAAGGAACUGCGUGCCCUUGUGUCAGUGAUUGACGUGAGGAAAGCUUAUUCUGUUUUUUUUUUAGGAUCGACAGCACCAUUAGACCAGGCUAUUCAUUCUACCUUCAAUACCGGACCACGACUGAGGAUUUAAACUUUUUUUAAAAAUGUAUUUAAAUAUGUAGAAGAAGACUGCUGGCAGACAACCGGUCCUAAACGGCACUAUUCCUUUUAAACCAUCUGAACUUUUGUCUGGAAUGGAAAAGUGUAGUUUGAAAGCCUUGCUAAUCUAUGCUGAACUCAUCCCGUCCGUGAAAAUAUGAAAUAUAGAUAAUGUUUAACAUUGCUACAGAUGGGGAAACGUCCAGGCCAUUCUCUAAGAAUUUAGAAGACUUUGAUUCCAUACGCAGUGUGCUUCUCUACAGCGACCUAGAGCCAGAAUGGCUGGAUGACGUCCAGAAGAACGGCGAGCUCUUCUACCUGGAACUGAGCGAGGGCGAGGAAGCGGCGGCAUUGGCUCAAGUAGCCGCCAAUCACGGCCUCUCCACCAAUCACGUCCGCUUCAGCGAGAAGGAAGCGGAGAUCAUCAGCGACGAGUCCAGGAAGCUUCCUGAUGGUGCUCCGACCAAAGGAGAGCCCAAGCUAAAAAGACUGGCUAGGAUCCUUAGAAGGAAGCGGCGACCAUCCCAGAGCAGAGGGCCCGACGGAGGAGGCGAAGACUCAUCAUCUCGUCCAGUAUCCAUCUUGAAAAACCAGGUGGGGCAGAGGGUGGGGGUGAUGGUCCAGCAGCUGAAGGAAGUGUUUCUCUACCUGAACCCCAAACGCCUGGGGAGCAGCUCCCCUCCUCCCCCGGAGAGAGGGGGUCUACUGGAGGCCCUUCUGGGGGUGGUGCAUCGCCCGUCUUGGGGCAGGGGCCAGGGAGACUCCACAGGGAGGAGGGAGGAGAGGAUCACUGUCCACGGCCUGGUGCCCAACAGCCCGGCCGUCAAGUGUGCACAGAUACUGAUAGGUGAUAACCUGGUAGCAGUAGACGAUGUGGAUGUUACCACAGAGAACAUCGAGAGGGUUCUGUCCUGCAUUCCUGGUCCUACCCAGGUGAAGCUGACCCUGGAGACAGCCAGUCCAGGAGGACCAGGGGAGGGAGGUGUGGACAUGUCCUCUGCUCCCAGGCUCAGGCCCUCUCCUUCGGUUAGCCAGCUGGUGCGUCUGCUGUGGGGCGAGGACACGGUGGAGCUCCAGAUGUCUAUAGGACACAUCCCUCACAUUGUCAUGUACCUGUCACUCAAACUGGACUCAGACUCUCCCCUGGAAGAGCAGGAGAUCCUGUACCAGUACCCAGUGUCUGAGGCGUCCAGCCAGCUGAAGGGAGUCAGAGGGAUCUUUCUCACUCUGUCUGACAUGCUGGAGAAUGUCACUGGAGGACAGAUAGUCAGCUCCUCCCUUCUCCUCAGUAAACAGCUGGUCCAUGUGGGCUACUGGAAGGAGAGCAACAACCUGCUGGUGAUCGCCCUGCCUGCUGAGAGGGUUCCUCUGUUGUAUCUGCAGACAGUAGUGGGAGGUGCAGUGAGGACUCUCAAGAUGAUGCACGGCUCUCUGGACAGUGCAUUCUGCGAGGCGGACCAUGCCCCCAGGCUGGACCAUUUCUUCUGCCUGUUCUUCCAGCAGCUCAUCCAGCCUUCCCAGUUGAGUGACAGGUCAGGGGGCGUGGCCCCGGAGCUAUCGGAGACUCUCUUCCUGGACGGACUGCCAGCGGUCCGGUGGCUCCCUCUGCCCCCUGAGAUAAAGAUGCAAGUGGACACCGUUCUCUCAGACUUUGAAUCAUCAGAUUUCGGAGAAAUGUCAGAGGACUUCUAUGGCGUGAGGCGUCUCUACGUGACACUGGGUUCCUGUCUGUUCUACAAGGGCUAUCUGAUAGCGAACCACCUCCCCAAGGAGGACCUACUUGACGUCUCUCUCUACUGCCAGCACUACUGUCUCCUCCCCCUGGCCUCAGAGCAGCGCGUGGGCCAGCUGGUUAUCUGGAGGGAGGUGUUCCCUCACCACCGCUCACAGAUCCACCAGACCAAGAAGUACCAGAACAAGACCAAUAACAACCACUGUACCAUGCCUGGCUACUGCCAGCCCAAGGGACGCUACUUCCUACUCAUAGUGGGACUGAGGCACUUCAUGCAGUGUGUGCUCCUGGAGGCGGGUGGCUGUGCGGCCCCUGCCACGGGGGCCCCAGGGCCCGACUGUGUGUACGUGGACCAGGUCAAGGCUACCCUCCUACAGCUGGAGGAGCUGGACGUAGGGAUGGAGGAACACUUGGCUGCCCCGCCUGCCCCCUGCCUCUCCUGUGCUGACUGGUUCCUCCCCUCCUUCGCCCGUGACAGGUUAGACACCCUGGCCUCCUCGUCUCCUGUCCUCUGCAAGCUGGCCGGGGGCGUGAAGCCGCCCUCCUCGGACCAGGGAGGAGGAAAGGUGGUGGGCCGGAGCCUGUUUGGAGGAGGCGCUCGGAGACCUCGCCCCAAGAGGAGUCAGUCCGACAGCGAUGGACAGUCGGACGGGGGUGUAGGAAGGCCGACUGGACUCAGUCCGCACUCCACCCCGGACUCGGCCCGGAAGCUGGUCGGCCAGAGAGACUCGCUGGGUUCUGGAGGAUCUGAUGAGAGUCGAGGCAGUGGGAGCAUUUUCAAGAUUCCCAGGAUGAAGCAUCCUAACCCGUUCUACCUGGGCACCCUGAAGAAGAGUCUGACUGAGAGAGAGACAGAGGAGAAGAACAACACUAUGAAGUUGACGUCUGGGGCAGAGAACACUCUGUUCCACUAUGUGCUGAUGGAGAAGGUGCAGGGUAUCUUCAUCGCUCCUACACACAGGGAACUGUCUCAGCUCAGCGGCUCCAUCCACCCUCAGCUCAUUCGCAACUUCCACCACUGCUGCCUCUCCAUACGGGCUGCCUUCCAGCGGAGUCUGCCGCCCAGGGGCAGGCCAGGUACAGACAGACCCCAGGGGACCCAUGGGCUGGGCCCAGUGAAGGAACACGGGGUUCUGUUCCAGUGUAAACCUGAGAACUGGACCGACCAGAGGAAGCCAGCCCCCACCAUGACCUACUGGGUUAUAGGCCGGAUGCUUCUAGAACCCAUCCCUCAGGAAUUCUACGUGUGUUUCCAUGACUCCGUGGCAGAGGUUCCCGUGGAGAUGGCCUUCCGCCUGUCUUUCGGCCUGGCCUUGUGACGAGCCGUCUGCCAAUAGUCUCUUAUGAACUCUGGUAACACUACUACCUAUCGGCAGGCAGAGCACAACCCUGUUCAUUAGGCACCAAACGGAAGAAAACAGACAGAUGGGGAGUACAUAAACUCCAAUAAGAUACGCUUGUUCACAUUUUCUAUCGCAAAAUAUUUUGCUACGGUUUUCCCUAAUGAACACAACCCUGGUUUUAAAGGUUUCACAGUUGACCUCAACGCCUGUUUACUGUCGGUCGGAGAUAUUCUGGGAUCUAAGACUCCCUCUUGUGCCUUGAUUACCUGAUGGCAGGUAACAGGAAACCUCACAGACCAAGGUUGUUCUCUGUUAGCCUUGGAUCAGCAGGACUGCAUCCAGAUAGAAAUAUGUUAUAUGGAACAAGCAUGAGGUAUAUGGAAUCACGUCAGCUCUAUUCAUGACAUUUCUAUCUGUAACAUCCCACUACGAAACAGGUUUUGGGGCGGCAGGUAGCCUAGUGGUAAGAGCGUUGGGCCAGUAACCGAAAGGUUGCUGGAUCGAAUCCCCGAGCUGACAAGGUAAAAAUCUGUCGUUCUGCCCCUGAACAAGGCAGUUAACCCACUGUUCCCCUGGUAGGCUGUCAUUGUAAAUAAGAAUUUGUUCUUAACAGACUUACCUUGUUAAAUAAAAAAUAAAUAUACCCUGUCCAAAAUGGCUCCCUAUGUAAAGAAUAGAUUUUAACUCUGGGUGUGUGGAAGGACAAGCCACUAAAAACUGUGUAUUAAUACCUCAGAAAACAUGCUGGAUUUAAUUUUUUUAAAGGGUAGAUGUGAGUUGGCAGCAUUGUUCUGCUGUUCUGGCCAUAGCAAGUCUCAUUCUAGUUCUGUGUUUCUGACAUUCCUGUUAGCUAAAGUGUGCCAGACCAAAUAAUAUGGGAAAAGUCUAAACAGCAUUCUUGGGACAUACCAACUUACGUCACGCCAUUGCAGUUGAAAUGUAAAAAGGUUAAAGUUCGGAACGUCCCAAGGAU